GAUUUCAACCAUUCUCCAUAUUCAAAAGUUUUCAGCAUUCUCUGCUGUCUUGGGAUUGUAUUAUGUCUUGUCACAUCAAUAGCGGUGGAGUGGACUGGCUUGAAAGUCACCAAAAAGCUACACUCUUCCUUACUAAAUAAAAUUAUUUUGGCUCCGAUGAGGUUUUUUGAAACAACACCUCUGGGAAGUAUAUUGAACAGAUUUUCAGCUGACUGCAAUACCAUUGACCAGCACAUUCCAGCUACCCUGGAGUGUUUGAGCCGCUCUACUUUGCUGUGUGUAUCUGCUCUUGCUGUCAUCUCAUACGUCACACCAAUGUUUCUCAUUGCCCUGGUUCCCCUCGCAAUCAUGUGUUACUUCAUCCAGAAGUACUUCCGAGUCGCAUCACGGGACCUGCAGCAGCUGGAUGACAGCACUCAGCUACCAUUACUCUCCCAUUUUUCAGAGACUGUUGAAGGUCUUACCACCAUCCGAGCCUUCAGGUAUGAAGCCAAAUUUCGACAAAAACUUCUUGAAUACACAGAUUCCAACAACAUCGCUUCCCUUUUCCUUACAGCUGCUAAUCGCUGGCUGGAAGUCCGCAUGGAGUACAUUGGAGCAUGUGUGGUACUUACAGCAGCUGUCACUUCUAUUACCAGUUGCCUGUAUAGUAAGCUCUCUUCAGGACUUGUAGGCUUGGGACUAACCUAUGCUCUUAUGGUGUCUAACUAUCUGAAUUGGAUGGUUCGUAACCUGGCUGACAUGGAGAUCCAGCUGGGUGCGGUGAAAAGAAUCAAUGGCCUUCUCAAAACAGAAGCUGAAAAUUACGAAGGGCUCCUUUCUUCCUCGCAGAUUCCCCAGAACUGGCCAGACAGAGGGGAGAUCCAAAUCCAGAACCUCAGUGUCCGUUAUGACAGCAACUUAAAGCCAGUGCUAAAGCACGUCAAUGCCCACAUUUCUCCAGGACAAAAGAUUGGAAUCUGCGGCCGAACAGGCAGUGGAAAAUCCUCCUUCUCUCUUGCAUUUUUCAGAAUGGUUGACACUUUUGAGGGAAGGAUUAUCAUUGAUGGUAUAGAUAUCGCUAAGCUCCCUUUACAGACGUUGAGAUCUAGACUGUCAAUCAUUCUCCAAGAUCCUAUUUUAUUCAGUGGAACAAUCAGGUUUAACUUGGACCCCGAGAAGAAGUGCACUGACAGCAUGCUGUGGGAAGCAUUGGAAAUAGCACAGCUCAAGCAUGUGGUGAAAGCGCUCCCUGGGGGCCUAGAUGCUAUAGUCACAGAAGGGGGUGAAAACUUUAGCCAGGGCCAAAGACAGCUGUUCUGCCUAGCAAGGGCUUUUGUGCGGAAGACGAGCAUCUUCAUCAUGGAUGAAGCCACAGCAUCU